AUGGAAAAUUCCAAUCAACAGCAACAACAAUGCGAUGCUGGUCAAUAUUGUUUGGCUGAUGGGUUUUGCAUUACGGAGGUAUCACUCAUUCCUACUUGUAUUUUAGCCUUGAUCGUUGGUGUUUAUACUUGUCAUCAGAUCAGGAGACGAUUUGCACAUGUUCGGGCAAGUUGGAUGUAUUCAUUGACGUUUUUAUGUUUUGCAAUCAUGAUGACAGACUCAAUGUUUGUUCAUUGCUUUGUUCCAAGACCAGAUCCACAAAGCAAGUAUUUUGUAAUUAGUAUGAUUGUAAAUUUGAUUAAUCUGGGAGGAACUACAUCAAUUGCUGUUGGAUUUUUCUUUUGUGGACUUGCUGAUAUUAAGUGGAUUGAUGGAGAUUCAUUCCAAUCCAAGUUGGCUUAUGGAUGCUCUUUUGUGGCUGUGUUUUUGGCUUGGUAUUUGGCUUUGAUCAAUCAAUGGAAAAAUAUGUUUUUGAUUUUAUAUGGUGGAAUGGUUGGGUUGUUUUGUGGCUUAUAUCUUGUCAUGCAAAUUAUUCUAUUGGCAAGAAGUACUCACCACGAAGGAGAAUCCGAAUUUAGAGCAAUCAUGUAUUUCAUCUUGUGUGGUAUCAGUGGUGCUGUUGGGUUAGGAGCUGUUUUCAUUUGGAGAAAUCAAAUUUGUAGCAUGAUGGGUCCAGUUCUAUCUCCAUAUCUUGGUCCUACUUUUGUUUGGUUUAUUUUGAGUGAUGUGGCAGUCUAUUUCCUAUUCAAAUAUGUAGAAGAAACCAUGAGUUUGAGAGAUACUAGUCAAGUUGAAGAAAAGAAGAAAAAAGUCUAUCCAAACUAUAAUCCAUAUACCAAUGUUCAAUAUGCACCAAUGCAAAAUCAAUCCUACAUUGGAAAUGAUGGAAAAGUCUACACUUACACAAAGGUUUCCCAAAACGAACACGAAGAUAUUGAGCUCAUGCCAAACUCUAUCUUACCAACUCACAGACAUCACACUAACAAUGUAUUUUAA